CAUACUGUACUGACGAAGUAAACACAACACGCAGCAAAAUUCAUUCAGUGUAGUCACCACGUUUGUAACUAAAUAUGAUUUGGGGAACUGAACGGUAUUACACUAAGUGUAUGACAAAAAAAUCAUCAGAAACGCAUCUGAACGUUUCGUUUUGAAUUUUCCUUCAAGCCUCUACUUUGACAAAGAAGUUUGCAUUUGAACUCGUCAGCUAUCCGUACAGUGUUCGCAUCUUCUAAUUUACAGUAGUUGCUGUCUAGCAGCUGGACGUAGAAGUUACUUUUUACGAAAAAAAUGUUGUACAAUAUGGUUACUGAUUUGUAAAGUGCCCACUCCGAACCUCUGGGUACGCGCUUCAUGCGUCCCAUUUCCCCUGUGGUGUGCCUUAAAUAUCGUUUGUCCGCUUGUAAACAGAACCGGGAACUUUAUCCUAUUCGUGCUCGUGUUUGUAAACAGAAUCGUGGACUCUGUAGUAGCAUGGAAAACUGGAUCUGGGCUGCAGUUAAAAGGUGGUUGCUGUGCCUUGAUCAGUUUCGAAUUUUAAAGCUGAAACAGACGUGCGUGCCAGCCGCCUUACUAGAAUCAACAAGGUUAAUUUUUAGAUCCCUGUGUUCGCAACACGCUUUGGGAAUACGGUACAUUAGUCACCACCACUCUAGUGGCCGUCCUUGGACUUGUGUGACCAUGUCCCAACAAUUUGAAACUUCUCUCUACUCCACAGAAAGUAACGACAACACCAAUGAUUCCAGUUUUUGUAAUGAAAUUGUCAGCUCCCUGAUGCCUGAUUUGCUUCUACAACCACCCCUAGUGAAAGCUGACUUGUUUGCAGAUGACAAAGAGGCCGAGACUGCCUUGUUUACACGUGCAGAACCGUGCGGUGUUGAAACAACACGGUCUACCAGCCUGUUACUUCAUUCGUCAGAAAUGUCCCCGCCUCUUUCAGCACCAGGACAGCAGGAAGAGUUGAAAGACUGUGCAUUUACUGAGCUUGAUGUCAGGGAGCUGUUUGAUAAAGGUGUUUCGGUGGUUCAGGAAAAUGUAGAAGUCAAGGCAGUUGCAGAGGAGCAUCAGAAAUCUGUAAGGGGUCAGUCUGCACCAGAUGAAGGUGUAGAUGUUUUGGUUGCAGAGCUUCCUUUUGCUGAUGUGGAAGAUGGAACUGAGCUUGGCAAUUUUCCUUCAGAUUUGGAAGAUACUGAAAAUAAAACAUCAAGGAAAAGGCACUGGAAGAAGAGGAAGAAGAAGAGAUCUUCUUCCUCUGAUGUUUGCUUGGGCAGUCUGCUUACAGAGUUUCCAUUUUCCACUACUGAUAUCAGAGCUGAAUUUGGUAUUUCUAGUACCAAUGAAAAAAGCUUGAAGAAAAAGAGGAAGAGAACUGCUGAAGAGGGCGACACAGAUGCUGACCAGAAGAAAAAGAAAACACAGCAGCCAAAUUACUUUGUCUCCAUUCCUAUUACAAACCCUAAGAUUAUAGGAGGUAUUCAGGCAGUCCAAGAUAUCAUAUUACAGAGGGAUCAUCGACUGUCCAAAGCGAUGGUAACCAUUGGAUCUCUCCAUAUUACUCUUCUUGUCAUGCAUUUGGCUACCGAUAAAGAAGUUAAAAUUGCAGCCAGUGCCUUUGAAGAAGCAAAAGGGAUGGUGACAGAUGCCCUGCAUGGAAAAAAUCUGAUUUUACCAUUCAAAGGAAUAGGGCACUUUAGGAAUGAAGUUGUGUUUGCCAAUUUGGCACAUGGGGAUCAUAUGGCACCACUGUAUAACAUUGCAGAGGCUGUGAAGAAAGAAUUUCAAGAAAAGGGCAUCCUGUCUGGGGACACAAAACCUUUUAAACCACAUCUGACCUUCAUGAAGCUGUCAAGGGCACCAAAGCUACGUAAGCAGGGAAUUAAGAAGCUGGAUCCCAAAUUGUAUCAGAAUUUUGUGACUCACUGGUUUGGAGAAGAGGCUGUGAACCAAGUUGAUCUUUGCUCAAUGCUAAAAAAGAAGCAACCCAGUGGGUACUACCACUGUGAAUCAUCCAUCACUGUUGGGAAGAAAUGUGAUGCAGACAGUAUUAGAAAGGCUUUGCAUAGAGAGAAAAUGACCUUAUUGAUCAAAGUGGCUCAGAUAAAGGAGUUACUGUCACGCCCAGAGACUCGGGAGAGAAUACAACGAGAGAUGUCUGAGACCAGAGUACCCAAGAGCAGCUGACAUGGUGAUCCACAUAUAGAUGAUGCUUCUCAGUUGUGAUUGCUUAAUGAACUCUGCUUCAAAUAAUAUUCAUGAGGAACAUCUACGUCCAUUUCAGCACAAUUACCAGCAUUAUUAUUCAUUUAUGACAAAAUAUGUAUUAUAUCAGAAGUCUUCACUGUUUUUUCUUUUUUUCGCUUUAGCCUACUUAACAUCUCCUUUUGUGAAAUAUCUGUUGUGAAGUUAAAGUGCUGGGGUUCUGUCCCACAUACCAGGUGUAUAUUGGUUUUGUAAACAAGCUGAAUUUGUAUUAUGUAGACACAGUUUUGCAAACCAGGCUGAGAAAUUUCUCACAUAUGUACUAGAUAGAACAAUGAUCCUUUCUAUUCUUAAGUGUUUCACGUGUUCUAGCAUUUCUUUUGUGUCCAUUAGCAGAGUCAUUUUUGAUAAGUGAGUUUUUGACUAGUAAAUGUUUACAGACAGUGAAGUGCCAUUCCCCUCAUGUCCAGGUAACUAUGCAUCUCUCUGUCUUAGUAACUGAUAAGAACAACUGAAAAGUGUGUUUAUGUAAGCAUUUUGCUCCAGUUGUCUCUGAUUGUUGCUCCUCCAGUUAAUAGCAGCUUUGCACAAAUUUGCGUUAGGAUAUUUAUACAGUAAGAUUUAUUUAUGUGCACAUAAAAAACUGAGUCACUGAAGUGAGUCUGUACAAAAAUUCAUUAUUUAUAACCGUGUGGAGGUUCAUUCUUGUAAAUAUUGUACUGUAUAAUAUUUUAAAGCUCCCACACUGGCAGGUAUGCUAGGAUGACUCAGGUUGCUGAAUGCCAAGAAGGACCCAUUCAUUUACCUGGUCAAUAGAUGAAUUAAAAAAAUGCACACAGGUAUCAUAAGAGGGAAGAAGGGGUUCUUAACUUGAAACUCCUCAGCAUUCCUUACAGUAAGAAGCAUACGCUGGCUUAUUCUCUAAAUCUCUUAUGAGGAACAAAGUUUUAAUGUUUCUGUAUAUAGCAAAGGAGAUCUUAGCUUAACUCAUGCAAGAAAUGUAUCUAACUCUGUUUUUAAUUGAUUUCAAUAAUUUCUGAGACAAAUGUCACCCGGCACUUCAGCUGUUGCCAUCUACAGUUGUUCUUCAAUAUUUUUUUUUUACAAAAAUAAAGGAACUAAAAUGUUACACAGUUUGAAACUUUUCCUUAAGAGAUUUGAUAAUAAAGUGAUGUGGAUAUCACUAUAUAAAAUGAGAAGAAGAUAAUCUGCAGUAGCUAUACAGAAGCAUUCAGAAUUUAUUUAUGGAUAUUUUGAGUACGGAUCAUAAUUAUAUUCAGGAAUGCUAACAGUAUUAUCUCAAGUACUUACUGUUAAUUUAUCUCUGUUUUAAUUGACUAAUAACUGAAUUAAUAUUCAGAAAGCUAUUUAUGUUUUAGAAACUGUAUCUUGUAUGGCAAUGACCAAAGAAUCAAGGGUGAAAUAUCUCUUCAGUAAUCUUAUUUCAUUGUCUUUUAUGUGCUUAUAAAUAUUAGUUCUUUAGCUAACAAAGAGUCCACUGGAUUUAUUUUUUGUAAGAGGUCUAGGUUCCUACUCUUUUUAAACUUACAACCAAUAGGUUAUGGUUUGUUUUUAAUGAAUCAGGAAAUGCUACAUGAAAUUAUAUGAAUAAACAUGAAAUACAGGCUG